UUUUAUGGAAAAAAAAUAAAGAAAAUAUAAAAUGAAGAAGACGCUUAUACUUUUCUGUCUGACAUAUAUAAUAUGGCCUUCAGCUGCAGACUAUUUAUUAGUCGAAGAGGAACAGUCGGCCCGGUACAUGAUAUCGGCAGCGAUGGACUGUUUACAACACACACAGAUCGAGCUAUGGAAGCUGACCUUACAGAGGCAGAUGUUGAGAGGCAACGCGCCGUAUGAAAUCGGGUUCCUGGUUAGAACUAGCGAGGAGCGUUACAGAAAGAUGGUGGACAUAUACAACUCAAGUACAAUACUGGAUGAUACUGUACGCAUGAGAGACCAGAUAUUGCAUUUGCAAAAGAUUGAGAAACUGCACUGGGAUGUCUUGCAUCUUGCGAAUAUGCUGCACGAGGUAGAGAAGAAAUACAAGAUUAAACCCCAAGUGCUAGACAAGCGUGUGUUCUACCCAUUCGGGGCGACACCCUCAACGUCUACAGAGUCCGUGACGACUGAGGAGACCACUACUUCCGAAUUUGAGGAAGACGACUCAACCACCACUUCGACUACUGAGGAACCAUAAUCCAUAAUAAUAUUAUAAAUGGGAAAGUGUGUGUCUGUUUGUCCGUCUUUCACGGCAAAACGGAAAGACGAAUUGUCGUGAUUUUUUUAAAGGAGAUAGUUGAAGAGAUGGAGAGUGACAUCGGCUUUUUUUGUCUCUUUCUAACGCGAGCAAAGCCGCGGGCUAAGGCUAGUAAUAUAUAGAUUGUUACACCUACGACCGAAAUCAGCCGCAAACCAUAAAUUAAAUAUAGGAAGAUUAUACUACCAUACAUUAAAAUGCGACCGCCUGAAAGCGUGGAAAAAGUAGAUGGCGCCACUAAAAAAAUACCCAGUUGCCAUCGAUUAGUUGUAGAUGGCGUUAAGUGUCACUUUCGUCAUAGAUUUAUGGCUCGAAAGCAUAGAGCAAUACGAAAGGAAAGAGUUGUAACUCCAUACAUCAGUAAAUGCAAGUUAUUUGUAGUGACA